AUGGCGCCCUCCACCAGAACCAAAGCCCGUCAUGGUGCGACUACUACUGGCACUACAGGCCCCACUGUGUCCGACAGCUCUGUCAUGCGCACACGCAGUGGUAUUGCUAUCAACCCCCCUGCCGACCAACAUAAUAAGCGCAAAAGACGUACUAUCCAGCAGCUCUCUCCUGUUCCGGAUAAUAUCCUUGCCCGCCCUCGCAAACCAAAAGUAAAACCUUCAGUAGACUCAGUUCUUUCUGAUAUGCAGUUGAAAAGCGACUGUGCCCCAGCAGCCUCUGCCACCGAUGAUGAAGAUGAUGGCAUGGGCAAUGUUGGCGACAAUGAUAACCACGACAUUAACCCUAACGAAGGCAAUGACCAGGCUGAUGAAGACCAGGCUGAUGAAGGCAAUGAUGAGGAAGGCAAGGAUGAGGAAGAUGAGGAUGAGGAGAAUCAGGACUCCGGGCAUGCAAUGACUUCACCAGAUAAUAUAGAAAGUGACAACAACAUCAAGGAUACAGACAAUGAUGAGAAUAACGAGGACCGAGGACACACAAAGACUUCACCAGUCAGGAGACAUCGGGCCCGAAAGGUCAAGACAAUCAACUACAAUUUCAAUGACGGUUCUCCGACCUCUUCGUCAGACAGCAGCUACACUUCUUCCCGCGCAAAACAAGAACACCCCGCAAGAUCUGAUCAAGUUUCCACCCACGAGUCAGAUGCAGACAAAGACCUCGACCACAACAGUCCAUCUUCACCGCCUGCUAAGCGCAGGAAGACGUCUUCAGCAGUCAAUAUUACCUCAGCCAACACCAUUCGCUUGACAACCAUUCACAACAAGCAUGUUCAUCCAUCUAUUUCACAUUCAGCUGACAACCACACUCCUGCCAGCAUAGUUUUUGGCCCUACACCAGACAACGAGCCCACUGAGAAUGGAGAAGAACUCUCAGGCAAUAUAAAGCGAGGCUGGCUAUGUCAGGAGGGCAUUGAUGAGGCUCAGGAACUUGGACGCAAAACAGCAGAAGAAGCUCGGGUCAUUGGCGUCAAGUACGGCAAGUCCGCACGCGCUAUUCUUAUUGAGGCUGGCCUAUCUAUCAAGCAUUCCCGAUCAGAGUCUGAUUGGAAUGCCCACCAACACUGGUUCAUGGAUAAUAACCCUCACGAGGAUAAAGAAUCUAUUGUUGACUGGAAAGAACAUCAACACACACAUUAUCAUGCAAUGGGCAAGGAUGAUGAACAGUGGGACACAAUUCGCAACUAUAGCAUCACUGGCGGCAAUAUUGAUCAAUCGCGCGCAAAGACCAUCUUGUCAAUGAGGGAGGACAUCGCAAGAAAGUUGUCUGCUUAUUCUCGCCUUGAAGGAGUCGAGGCCGUUGGUUGUAUAUUUGACACCACACAAGAUGAGGCUGCUCGACAGGCAUCCGGCUUCGUCGCAGGCUCCAACCUCAUAGUCAAGUUGAUUAAUGAGCAUCAACUGGAUGCUCGCGCAAUUUUAGAUUGGGUCGUGACAGCAACAAAAGCGAAAGGCUACAACAUAUCCAUUCCGCAGUUUAUGGGGGGAGAGGAUAUGGCCAAUCAUGGUACUCAAGAAAACGUGUGGGUACUCAAGUUUUUCAACAUUAAACAAUUUACCAAAGUCUGCUCCAAUAGCGAAGUUUGGUACAAGUUCAUGAUCAAGAACUGGCCUGAUGAUGUUACCCCCAUUGGUCCUGAAUUCAACCCUCAUAACCUCAGUUCACAGCAUCUCAAGCUGCUCAUCGUCCCUUUCAUCAAGCACAAAGCACAUUCCUACUACGAGGCAGAACUCCGGACCAAAGCUGAGAACUUGUUUGAGAUAGAGAAAAAGAAGUCAAAGGGGAAGCGCCGAGGUCAGGAGCGCACUGUGGAGGAUGUCAUUAAUGAAUUAGAUGUUGAUGCACCUGAGAUCAAGUUCGCAGCUUGGCCAGAUGAAUGUCUCAAGCAGCUCAGUGAUGAGGUGCCGGAGAUGUUUGACAUCCCCUUGGUGACUAGUACCUUGGAUGUUGUGCUGCGCAAGCUGGUUGACUCUGCGAAAUUCAAGGCAUCUAUCCCUGAGGAUAUAAAUGCUGCCGGUGUCAUGCAUGUUAUGUGA